AUGGCCGAUGUAGCAGUUACCGACUCCGCCAGCCCAGGCGGAAUGAACAGAAAACCACCUUCUCUGAACACGUCGUUCGCCUUGGGUGGUCAUGUUCGCCGUCAAUCAACCAUCAGCUCCGGAAGCUCUGACGACGACGAAGCUUGUUCACCCGUCCUCUCAGCACUAGAUUCUUCUGCCGCCCUUAUUCUUGUCCAUGACCAGGACGAGCCUACCAGUCCGCUGGAUUUUGAUGACGAUGAAGAUGCCAACAAUGGCGACGACCAAGACAUUGUCAGCCCAAUGUUCGAAGUACGGAAAUCCACAGUCUUUCCACCUCUCCCACCGUCAUUAGUAUUUCUGUUUCUUCUUGCCCCUUUUCUCAGACUAGGCGCUUUGGAAUUGCCAAAUUGCCAAAUUCCUCUCAAGUACGGCUUACCCGCUUUGUUGCUUUCAGCACUGGCCACGGCGUUCGCACGGCAAAUAUGGUACAUGCUUGCGCGGUACCUUCGCAAAGCGGACAUGACGGAUAUCAUCCUCGAUACUUUCGCUAAAGGAAGAGGCAAGGAUAUGCGUCGUGCGUUAAUGAGAGGCGUCGUGCGAAUUGGCAGCAGCACUAUUACCAUGGGUGUUUCUGUAACUUAUUUGCGAUAUUCCAUUUAUAUUCUUCUUCCACUUUUAGGGAAGAAGCAUCCCGUUAUUUCAUACUUUAUCUUAGCCCCCUUUAUUGGCAUCAUCAUAGGCUAUCUAUCUUACGCUCGUUCAUUGGGUUCAAGACGUAUCCUCUACGCUACUUGGCUCUCCCUUCUUACCUACAUAUGCUGGUUAGGGUGUACCAUUUAUGCCCAUUGCAAUGGGUUGUUGGCAAAAGAAUCGGGCUGGUUGGGUUCUGCUUCCAUUCAUCAAAGUCUUAUCACGUCAGCUUUCUCAUUUUGUUCCUCGUCCACAUUGCCUUUGUAUGCGUCAUUAAAAAUAACAUCUAAUCCUUUAUCUACUGGGAAAUCGCCACGCUCACGAUCUUUUCGCGUACUAUCAUUCCUAUCCAUCGUUACAGCAGUGCUACUGCUCUUGCCAUCCGUUAUUCUCGCCGCCUUUCCUAACCAAACUGCAGUGUCCUCCCAUCCCUGGCAGGUUGCUCCCCCAAUUGAAAAUAUCACCACUGUCCCUUCCAUUUUGGUCUCUACCUCGCCUGUCGUUGGCAACGCAACUUCUAUUCCCCUUCUCAAUUCCAUACCCUCUCUGUCACCGCCCCUGCCACCCAAGAUCGUCCUCCCAAGGGUUCACAUUCAAACUGUUCGCCACGUUCUCGCCGCAGUUACUCUGAUCCUUGGCACUCCUUCAAUCAUCAUAACCAUCCCCCCACUUGCGAUGCCUAUCCGAUCUGCUAAAUUCAAUGUAUCCCGUAUGAGCACAAUCUUACUAGUGGUUUUUUUUGCCCUGAUCCCGCCAAGUGUUUACUCGACUUCCGAGACGGGUGACUCAAAGUCGUAUAUUCGUUCAUCGAUGUUCUUUGCCCCUUUGACCGUACUGAUGUUAUUGAUGUCGUUCAUCGGUACAUAUUUCCUCCCUGCGUUGCUGCAUGGUUUGCAACAUUUUGUCAAGCGUCCCUUGGCUAUCGUUGUGCCUCCUCGUACACCCCUUCUUCAAACAGAAUCUGCGGGCGGGGAUUUCUCGUCCCGGCAAUCGAAUCCGCGGGCGAUAUACGACGAACUCUUGCUAAGGAAGGAACGGGCUUUGCAACAAAAACAGUCCAGGAAACGAAUCAUAUGGGACAUUGGUGUCUGGGUCUUGCUUGGAGCUAGCGGGACCGGUGUGGUAUUCACUGUUGUCGCAUUUAUUAAAUCCUGGUAA